CCCCGCCCGCUCGGUCGCCCGCCCGCCCCGGCCGCGUCGGAGGGCCGGCAGCGGGGCUGGAUGUGCCCGGCUCCCCCCGCGCUGAGGCGGGCAGCGAUGCAGAAGGCAGGCGGCAGCUUCGCCUCCGCCGAGAGACACCCGCUCAAGAUGGCAGAUGUGUGUUGAGUUUGGGGGGCUGCGAUCUCGCGUCGUUCGUGGCGGCGUUGCCAUGAAUAACAGGCGUCCUUGCACCGAUGGCCCCCAUGUACGAAGGUAUGGCCUCGCAUGUGCAAGUUUUCUCUCCUCACACCCUUCAGUCAAGUGCCUUCUGUAGCGUGAAGAAACUGAAAGUGGAGCCGAGUUCGAACUGGGAUAUGACUGGGUACGGCACACACAGCAAAGUCUACAGCCAGAGCAAGAACGUGCAGACCUCCCAAGCAGCGGCCGCAGCAGCCGUCAACGCCUCCCUCCAGAUCCCCAACCCAAGCAUCCCUUACGAACAGACCAUCAUUUUCCCAGCAAGCACGGGGCACAUCGUGGUGACAUCUGCCAACAGUACUUCUGGUGUGGUUGCAGUGUCUGGGCAAACACUGGGCGGGCCACACAACCUGAUGCGUCGCAGCACUGUGAGCCUUCUGGACACCUACCAAAAAUGUGGACUUAAACGCAAGAGUGAGGAGAUUGAGAACACAAGCAGCGUGCAGAUCAUUGAAGAGCAUCCACCAAUGAUUCAGAACAAUGCCAGUGGGGCCACUGUAGCCACCGCCACCACCUCCACGGCCACCUCCAAAAACAGUGGCUCCAACAGUGAAGGGGAUUACCAGCUGGUGCAACAUGAGGUGCUCUGUUCCAUGACCAACACGUAUGAGGUGUUAGAGUUUCUUGGCCGUGGAACCUUCGGACAAGUAGUCAAAUGCUGGAAACGUGGUACUAAUGAGAUUGUGGCCAUCAAGAUCCUAAAAAACCAUCCUUCCUAUGCCCGGCAAGGCCAGAUUGAAGUGAGCAUCCUGGCUCGGCUGAGCACAGAAAGUGCAGAUGACUACAACUUUGUCCGUGCGUACGAGUGCUUCCAGCACAAGAAUCACACGUGCUUGGUCUUUGAAAUGUUGGAGCAGAACCUCUAUGACUUCCUAAAACAAAACAAAUUCAGUCCCUUGCCCCUUAAGUACAUUCGACCGAUUCUCCAGCAGGUAGCAACUGCCCUAAUGAAGCUGAAAAGCCUGGGACUGAUUCAUGCUGAUCUCAAACCAGAGAACAUCAUGUUGGUAGACCCAUCCCGACAGCCAUAUAGGGUCAAGGUCAUAGACUUUGGUUCAGCUAGCCAUGUGUCUAAAGCUGUGUGUUCUACGUACCUUCAAUCCAGAUAUUACAGAGCCCCUGAAAUCAUCCUCGGUUUACCGUUUUGUGAAGCAAUCGAUAUGUGGUCGUUGGGAUGUGUCAUUGCAGAGCUGUUCUUGGGGUGGCCGUUGUACCCGGGAGCUUCAGAGUAUGAUCAGAUUCGCUAUAUUUCACAGACGCAGGGCUUACCAGCAGAAUAUUUGUUAAGUGCAGGGACAAAGACGACGAGGUUUUUCAACAGGGAUACAGACUCACCAUAUCCUUUGUGGAGGCUGAAGACGCCAGAUGAUCAUGAGGCAGAGACGGGGAUUAAGUCGAAGGAAGCAAGAAAGUAUAUUUUCAACUGUUUGGAUGAUAUGGCACAGGUGAACAUGACAACAGAUUUGGAAGGAAGUGAUAUGUUGGUGGAAAAGGCAGACCGGCGGGAGUUCAUAGAUCUGUUAAAGAAGAUGUUGACGAUAGAUGCAGAUAAGAGAAUAACACCCAUUGAAACUCUGAACCACCCUUUUGUCACCAUGACACACUUGCUCGAUUUCCCUCACAGCACACAUGUCAAAUCCUGCUUCCAGAACAUGGAGAUUUGCAAGCGACGGGUGAAUAUGUAUGACACAGUGAACCAGAGCAAGACGCCGUUCAUCACCCAUGUAGCCCCAAGUACAUCAACCAACUUGACCAUGACUUUUAACAACCAGCUGAACACAGUCCACAACCAGACCACCAACCUGGCUCCCACCUCCUCCAGUGCCACUAUUUCCUUAGCCAACCCCGAGGUCUCCAUACUAAAUUACCAAUCUGCACUCUACCAGCCCUCAGCAGCGUCCAUGGCUGCGGUGGCCCAGCGGAGCAUGCCCCUGCAGACAGGAACAGCGCAGAUCUGUGCCCGGCCUGACCCCUUCCAGCAAGCUCUCAUCGUCUGCCCACCAGGCUUCCAAGGGCUGCAAGCCUCCCCUUCGAAGCAUGCUGGGUAUUCAGUUCGGAUGGAGAAUGCUGUUCCCAUUGUGACUCAGGCUCCCGGGGCCCAGCCUCUUCAGAUCCAGCCAGGCCUCCUCGCACAGCAAGCGUGGCCCAGUGGCACCCAGCAGAUCCUGCUCCCUCCUGCCUGGCAGCAGCUGACCGGGGUGGCUACCCACACUUCUGUCCAGCAUGCAACCGUCAUCCCGGAGUCCAUGGCGGGCACCCAACCACUGACAGACUGGAGAAACACCCACGCUCACGGCAGCCAUUAUAACCCCAUCAUGCAGCAGCCCGCGCUGUUAGCUAGCCAUGUGACUCUCCCCGCAGCCCAGCCCGUCAACGUGGGUGUCGCUCACGUCAUGCGCCAGCCGCCCGCCGCCACCUCCGCCAGGAAGAGUAAGCAGCACCAGUCGGCACCCAGAAACACAUCCACCUAUGAAGUCUCAUCCUCCCAGUCCAUCAGCUCGCCGCAGCGGUCCAAGCGCGUGAAGGAGAACACCCCUCCUCGCUGUGCCAUGGUGCACAACAGCCCCGCCUGCAGCACCUCACUCACCUGCGGCUGGGGCGACACCACCGCCACUGCCGGCAACGGCGGCACCGCGCGGGACCGGCAGCGCCAGACCAUCGUCAUCCCUGACACGCCGAGCCCCGCCGUCAGUGUCAUCACUAUCAGCAGCGACACAGAUGAAGAGGAGGAGCAGAAGCAUGCGCCCACCAGCACCUUGUCCAAGCAAAGGAAGAACGUCAUCAGCUGCGUCACCGUGCAUGACUCCCCCUACUCGGAUUCCUCCAGCAACAACAGCCCUUACGCCGUGCAGCAUCGUGCAGGGCAGAAUAACGGGAACACCUACGACACCAAAGGGGUUCCAGAGACUCACUGCAGUGGGAACCCCCGAACGAUCAUCGUGCCACCACUGAAAACCCAGGCCAGUGAGGUGUUGGUAGAGUGCGAUAGCCUGGCGCCAGUCACCACCAGUCACCAUUCAUCCUCCUACAAGUCCAAGUCCUCCAGCACCGUGACCUCCACCAGCGGUCACUCUUCAGGGAGCUCGUCUGGAGCCGUUGCCUAUAGGCAGCAGCGACCAGGAGCACAUUUCCAGCAGCAGCAGCCUCUUAAUCUAAGUCAGGCUCAGCAGCACAUCACGACGGACCGCACAGGGAGUCACCGGCGACAGCAAGCCUACAUCACGCCGACGAUAGCUCAGGCCCCGUACUCCUUCCCGCACAACAGCCCCAGCCACGGCACGGUUCACCCUCACUUGGCCGCAGCUGCCGCCGCGGCUCACCUGCCGGCCCAGCCCCACCUGUACACGUACACGGCGCCCGCCGCCCUGGGCUCCAGCGGCACUGUGGCUCACCUGGUGGCCUCGCAGGGUUCGGCACGGCACGCCGUCCAGCACACCACCUACCCUGCCAGCAUCGUCCACCAGGUCCCCGUCAGCAUGGGUCCCCGCGUCCUGCCCUCGCCCACCAUCCACCCCAGCCAGUACCAGGCCCAGUUUGCCCAUCAGACCUAUAUCAGUGCUUCCCCGGCCUCCACCGUCUACACUGGAUACCCGCUGAGCCCCACCAAGGUCAACCAGUAUCCUUACAUCUAAACACUGGAAUGAGGAGGAGCGAGACACCCACCCACCCACCCGCUGGACAGCCCACCCCGGGGCAAACAGGCGGCCGCUUUUGUACUGAGGAACAACGCGGUGACAAAACUAACAAUGCAACGGGAGGAGGAAGAGGAGGAGGAGGAAGAGGCUUGGGUGAAACUUGAAUGAAGGAGACUUUAAGGAAGAAUCAAACAAACAGAAAAAAAACAACAAAAAAAGGAAAGAAGGAGGUGAACCGAUUCUACACUUUUUAUUUAAAAAAUAAUAAAAAAAAAGAAAAUGGAAAAAAAAAGAACAGGAGGAAAAAAAAAAAACAAA